CUUUAAUUUUGUCCUGUCUCUAUGUAUUUGUCCCAAAUUAGAUUCUCAUAAUUCACCAAAACCCUAGCCAGCCAUCGUCGUUUUCAACUACUCUACUCUGGUCGCAGUAAUCAAUCAAUGGAUCCAGCACCUGAGCCAGUUACUUACAUUUGUGGAGAUUGUGGGCAGGAGAAUACUUUGAAGGUUGGUGAUGUCAUUCAAUGUCGAGAGUGUGGUUACCGCAUUCUCUACAAGAAGCGAACUCGUCGAAUUGUGCAAUAUGAAGCCCGUUGAAGAACACACUGCAAGUGAAGCUCACAUUGGCAUUAUCAAGUAUGAUUGAAGUAUUGUGUAAUAAGUGGGAAAUUUGGAUCUUAUCUGUGUCAAAUGUUUGAAUGCUAUGUGAACUUUUCCAUCUUAGAUGUCAUGUGAAUAGUUUAUAACAUUAAGUAUCGACAAUUGGUGGUUCAUUCCAUGUUUCUCUGA